AACAAGAGCCUGAUGGAAGGAGUGCAGAUCCAAUAAACAAACCACUCAAGAUAGCCAUGCUUGAUAAGGCUGGAAACGUAUAAAACCACCAAGUGCGAAACGCAUGGCAAACGUUACUUUCGAAUCAACCAUGAAGCUCGCGCUCUAUCUUGCAACGGCAGCUAUUGUGGUGGUUUGCUCGCAAGCGGCCACUUUCAACAUCAACAACAAGGAUGGAGGCCCAAUCUGGGUGGGCAUCCAAGGAAACACCGGUAAGGAACAUCUGGCUAAUGGUGGCUUCAAACUGGCUCAGGGAGAAUCGAGGAGUUUGACUGCUGCUGAUGACUGGGGCGGCCGAUUCUGGUCCCGAACUUGGUGCUACGAGGAUGAGAACAACCACUGUUACACCGGCGAUUGUGGCAACAAAGUGGAGUGCGAAGGAGCGGGCGGAACUCCUCCUGCCACUCUAAUCGAGUUCACUCUUCAAGGGUAUGGAGGUCUCGAUUACUACGAUAUCUCGUUGGUCGACGGGUAUAACAGCAUGGCUUCUGUGGAACCAGUGAACGGGCAAGGAGACGGCGGUGAAUACAGCUGCAAGAAGGCCCAAUGCGCCACUCAAAUCAACUCUUUGUGUCCCUCGGAGCUGCAGGUCAAGAGCCCGGAUGGCGGCUCAAUCAUUGCGUGCAAUUCCGCUUGUAACGCCUUCCUCACUGAAGAGUAUUGCUGUUCUGGAUCGCACAGCACUCCCGAAACUUGCAAGAGCUCCGACUGGGCUGUCGACUAUCCAGCGAUCUUCAAAUCGGCAUGUCCAGACGCCUACAGCUACGCCUAUGACGACCACAAGAGCACCUUCACUUGCGUGGCAAGCCAAUACAAUAUAAACUUUGGAAGCGCUUAAGCUCCCACGAAUGUUCCUGUUAAUUUGAUAUAAGAAUAAAUGCUUUCUUUGAAGCAAA